AUGGAUCCAGAUAAUAAUAUUACUAAUAAUGAUAGUAAUUCAUCGUCGGAAGAUUGUGUAGUUUUAUCUACAAAUUCUCCAAAUCGUACUCUUUCGACAGAAACUGAUACUAGUAAAACAACUACACCAAAAGUAAAAUUAUCAAAAACUGAAUAUAUGCAACGAAAAUCUGAACGAGAAGCAAAAAAAGCAGAAGAACAAGCGAUUAAAGCAGAGAAAAAACGUCUUGCAGAAGAAUUAAAAGCAAAAAAAGCUGCAGAACUUCAAUUAGAAAAAGCACGAAAAGCAGAAGAACUUCAAUUAGAAAAAGCUCGUAAAGCGGAAGAAAGAGCUCGUAAAGCUGAAGAACUUCAAUUAGAAAAGGCUCGUAAAGCUGAAGAAAAAGCUCGAAAAGAAGCAGAAAUUGCAAAUAAAAAGGCUGAACAAAUACAAAAAAAAGGACAAAAACAAGAAUUAACUCCUAAACAAAUGGCAACUUGUAUCAAUAGAUAUUUUAAACCAAUUGAUAAACCUUCACAAAAAGAUGGUCAAACAUCAACAACAAAUAUUAAUAAUAUCGUUCAACGAUCAACAAAUAAUUUUGACCAACUGGUUUCGAAACAGGAUGUUAAUUUCGUAUCGGAUAUAAUUGAAAAUAUAAAAUCAAUGAAAAGAAUCAAUAUUGAAAUUAAUUCACGUCCACGUUUGAACAGUGAUUCGAAUAGUAAUCUCAUAGUAAUAAUAGCAGCCACAACAACAACAACUGCAAAUAAUUCAUAUGUAUUAAAAACUAGAUAUAUUCAUUUUCCAGAAAAAUAUUUUAAUCGUCCACCUUACUACGGAACAUUUAAAAAAGCUUUAAAUAUUAAUGUUAAUCCAUUACAACCAAAUGCAUCGAUUGAUAAUGUUGAUUAUACAGUUGAUUCAGAAGGUGAAUGGGAAGAACUAUGUAAAGAUGGUGAAGAACUUCGUUCGGAUGCUGAUGAUUUAAGUGAUUCAGAAACAAUGGAUAGUGAAAGUGAUACUGAUUCAUUUAUUGUACCACAUGGUCAUUUAUCAGAUGAUGAAUUAAAUGAAGAUGAACAACAACAAUCUACAUCGACAAAACAAGCUCGUGAAGCAGCUAAAACACAUGUAUGGGAUAAGAAAGUAGCACGUUUAAAUCAACAACGAGAAUUAAAACCUUUAUUUGGUUGUAUUUAUGAUCCAACAUUAGAUGAAAAAACGAAAUUUGAAUUAUCAAAUUAUCUUCAUCCAUUUCAAAGAAUUCUUGUACCAAAAGAAAUCUGUCAACGCAUAGAACAAGAUGAUAAAGAACAAGAAAUUACUGAUGAAACAACUUCGAAAGAAGAUAAAAAGAAAGGAGUAUCAAGAAAAAAAUCAUUAGUUUCUAAAAAAGGUUAA